UACUAGUAUUGUUCACAAGAGGUAAUCUGUUUUCGCCCACAUCUGAACAUUUUCCCUGCAUGCCUUUUGUAGCCACCUCAUUGCGCCUGCGGAUAAACAUAAAAUGUCUGAUGAAAAAGCACGUGAAUGCCUGGCGGAUCUCCUUGGUGGUGGCCAUGGUUAAAGCUGCGGCAAACGUGAUCAAGACAAGUCCACUGCUGCUGCUGCUGGAUCGUUUGGGCCGCUCAUCACGUUACCUGCUCGAGGCUUGCAAGUCUCGUAAAACUUCUACAAUAAUGUUUCGUGAUCAUGCAACUAUAUAUGCUACUACCAACUACUACUGCUUACAUUUGGACUACUAUCGAUUAUGUAUGCCACUAUGCCAGUGA